GUGUGACCACCCUGGAGAGAAGAUGGGCGUGUGGGAGAUAGUGUGUGGUGUGUUGGUGUUGUGUAGUGGGGUGUUGUCAGGGGAGAUCCUACGCUACACAGAGCCACAACACUCCAGGAGCGAGAAUGGAAGUCCUGGCCUCAAUGUAACUGGCAGGUGGAGCUGGGUGGACAACCUUGGCGAACGUCACCACAUCUGGUACGUGGCAGACAAGAGAGGAUUUAGGGCCUUCGGGGAUGUGGUGCCCAACCUGCCAGAGGCGUCCACUGCCUCUCUGGCCAUCGGUGUACCCGUGGUUGACGGUGUCACGACCUUAAGUGGACAAGAAACACUGGCAAAGGGUGUCCCAGCAUUUCCACCCGAGCAGAGGACCUUGGAAAGGGGCGUCCCGACGCUUGAGGCUGGACACAAAGUGCCCGUAAAGGGCACUGGAUCUAACCCAGAGCGAGGAGCCGCCCCUCUCAAGCCUCACGCCACCAGCAGUGGCUCUGGACACCCCUCCCCACUGUUGCUGACACUGGAAUCAAGUGACCAUAUUAAUAGCGAGAAAAAUCAUAAUCGCCAAAUUUUGAGGGAACCAAAUGGGCAGCCUGACACACCUAAACAUGAUGAACGGAAGGAGAAUACCGUCGGUAUUACAGCUGCUUCUCGGGCGACCACACCUAAAGUUGCUCCUCCAGGUCCUGCAGCACCACUUUUUGCACCCCAACACUCUGAUACUCAUUUUGCAACUGGUCAGUCUAAGAAUCUCGUCCCCCAGGAGUCUGUGUCUCAACACGGGGAAGAAGAUGACUUGCUCCAGGAGCCAGCUCUUGCCUCAAUCCCAGAGAACAAUUUUGUUUCCGGUGUGUUCAAUACAUUAACAUCAUUACUCGGCGACACAACACAACAGUCUCAGGCACCAACAAAACCACAGGAGACAAAUGAUGUUUUAAUAGGAAUCGUCGACUCCUCUCAAGCUCAGCCAAUUAAGGGCACUGACUUUGUACUGAUUGAUCGUUUGAGGAUACCCAACGUCCCAAAGCUGCGGGUUGGAUCCCCGCCUUUGGUGCCCCAACCCGUGGGCGUCAAAGGCCAAUCUGCGCCCAUUGUCAUGGGUCUUCACACCUCUGGAAGACCUCCCUUAAACCAGCGUGUGCCACAGACUGCCAGAUCUCUUGCACCUCUGGGGAUUCAUCUGCUCAAUCUGGUGCCAUUCCAAGGUCCAAGGAAAAUUAAUGAUUCCAAAGGGCCAGUUCCUCGCCCCGUGAGGAUUGUGGGAAAACCUAACCUGGAAAACUUCUUCCGGCCCGUCCAGCUGGCCCGCACUACUCCAUCUCCCUUCAGAUUACCCAGCCCUAUUCGGGACUAUGAUUACCAGUACUUCGACUACGACUACUACGAUUACGGAGACUAUGAGGUUAGCAGUAUGGGAGGCCCUGGCAGCCCUUUUCACAAAACUAAAAGUAAAUCCGAUAGUGACAUUAGCGAGGAAAACUCCACGGAAGGGGAGACCCCAGAGAGUGAGGAGACGGAUGAUUGAGGUGAGAGACGAUGAAGCCCUAAGAUCAGCAGCAGAGACAGUAGUGCCCUGAGAUCUUGAGUGCUUGAUACCCUGAUAUCUGUGACGAGGAUGAUGGUUCCUUAUGUUCGUACCAUAAGAGUGCCACUGCAGGCAGAUAGCAAGCAGGAGGCAUUUGUCUGACGUAGCUUCCACGAGCGUGUCGUCUCGGGAUGGAAGUGAACGCCAGGCAUUGUUGAUUGCUCGUGCUGGCUUAGUUUUUAUGGUACGGGCCUUUUAAGAUAAGUUUGGAUACACUGGUACCUCAAGGUGUGGACUGAUAAAAGGGGCUCUUUGAAAGUGCGAGUCGUGAGACCAGAAAAUGUAACUCAGAUGCUGUAUAAACAAACAUACUCCCGGCACCACGUAUGUUCAACUUAUGGUCGUUAUAUUCACCUUUUGGUGAACAAUAUGUUGUGAUCGUAUUCUAAAGAAAGUAAAAUAAUGCUAUAGCUUCUCCUGUUUGUUGACAAAUUUAAUAAUAGUAUUUCUUGGCCUGUGAAUCAUAACCAAGAGUAUCUAAAUUUAUAGUAAUAUAUGAUUUGUGUAGAAUGUGAUAACUGUCAGGAUGUGUGCAAAGUUUUACAGUUUGAUAGUUUGCUUGUGUUCAAGACAUCAUAUAUGAUAAGGCACCUUUACCGUUGCAGUAAGUCACUUUCCUAUGAUUAGCGAAUACGUGUGAUUAGCACAAGUGGGCGAAAUAGGAAUCCAAAUAGUGUAGUGAAGUGAAGAGUGAAUGUGAAUGAAUGUUUUUAGAAUACUUUUUAUUUUUUUUUUUUAGCCACCAGUCAAGUUUAUAUUAAAAAAACAGAAUUUGCUGUUCAAUUGUUGAUAAACAAGAACUGACUGCCUGGGUCUGAUGCACUAGAAAGAAGAAAUGACUAAAUAGUAGAAUAUGAAUAGUUAUUUCAUAUAUCUAGUAUAUUAUCCUGUGUACCACAAUUAUCUGUGAGUUUAUAAACAGGGUAUACUUUUUUAUUAAUAAAUUUGUUUAUGGUUCCAUUGAGCUUCACAGGUGUAUGCAAGUGAAUAUUGUAUUGUACUGAGAUUGGUCUCAACCUCAAAGAAAUCGCUCCUCCUACUGUAGUAAAGUUUUUGGGCAAUAGAAAAUCAUAAUUCUUAUAGAAAAUCUGUUUUUACCUAAAAUGAAAAGCAUGUACAUUCUCUUAUCAUUGUCUGUAUUAUAGAACAGUACACAGUGACUUUCAAUACAGUAAUCAGAUAAUAGCGGUGAAAGUCUCCGUGAAGUAAUGUUUCAUAUUUGACCUUGACUUAAUUUUCUUUGUGAUUGAGUAAUAAUACAUAUCAGGGGUAACAGGCUCCUGCUUGCAGUUUGACGAGUAAUACAGUAAAAGAACCAUACAAAAUAAUGUUAAAAUCAUGAACAGGACCACGAACCUAUUAAUCUUUCAGGAGACAAGAACCAACGAAGAAGGACGUACAGAGUGAAGAAGACCUUCAAAAUGGUGCAAGAAAUAUAUCAUGAAGAGGCAAGACCAUCACUAAGACUACAUUAGAGGAACACAAGACGCCAUAGUUUUAAGUCGUUUAUAAGAUAUGACCACACACCAGGUUGAGAAACCUUGUGGACGUAUGUAACAGUCUACUGUAGCAGGUAAUUAUGUCUCCAAAUGUACUGACCUUUCAGGAAAGAUUUAACAAGCAGUGGGCAGGUCAAGAUGCCAUGUUCUUUUAAGUCUUGAACACAUGUUGUAGAACCAGUCCUGUCCACUAUGGCAGCAAAUUAUACCAGAGAAGCAGAUGAGUUGGACAGACUGAUGUAGAUCCUUUGUCUAGAUCUAAAAUAAAACACAAUAUACAAAAAUAAAUAAAACCUGCUCGAUGUGGCUCCAAGAUUUGAAUAAAAAAGCUAGUAAAACAAACAACCUUUAGAUUUAUAUUGACUUAAUUAGGAACAUGUACAGGUACAAGUAUUUUUUGUGAAAAAUAUUCAGACAUCUUCUGUGCUUAUAACUUGGAUGGAGUUGAAUUUUUUUCAAGUAAGGACAUGAUGUAUAGCUUGGCAAUACUGUAUACAAUAUUAAGAUAGCAACGGUGACAUUUCCAGUUCUUGGUUAUAUAACAUCAACCUAUGUGUUAUUAUCACAUGAACAAAAGAACUUUUACCAAUACCUGUCAAUGUCCUUGAAAUCUGUACUGUUUAGUCCGUCCUUACUUGGAAAACAAAGUCUUUUAAACUCCGUUCAACAUUGUCUUGCAGUAUUAGAUUUUCCCAGAGGCUCAGUUAUCUCAUCAAUAUUUAAUGACAUUGCUCAAGAAAUCAUUUAUGUAUAGAAGUACAUACAGUAGCUCCACUACAGUAUUGCAGUACUGUAUUGUGAGGCUGCCAAGAGGUACUGCAUUAACAUGUUUUACCAUUGAUCACCAGGAGGCACUGUCUUACCACAAAAGUUACCAAGAAAUUUUGUAUUAGUGAUUAAAAGAUAAUUUACCAUCACCAUGAGAUAUUGUACUGGUAAAUAUUGUAAAGUUUGCUAUAACACUGUCUUUUGUAAAGUGUAAACUUUGCUGCUUUAACAUGACAUUAUUUCAUGUGAGAAAUUAACCACUGUUGUAUAAAGUAGAAAACUGACAUCAUCUAGUUGUGGCAAACUCCUAAUGGAAAGUACGAAAAUGAAAAAAUUGUGAUCGACACAAUUUUUUUUUUUUACCCUCUUAUUCAGCGGGAUUUCCUACUUUUUACAUUAUCCAUUGUCAUGAAACUGCCCUCCAAGGUUCCACUCACAAGAUCUCUUUAUUAGAUUUAGUGUCUUUCACAUUGAAUAAGUCUCCUCAAUGUUCCCACUCAUUAGAUCAAUGCAAGAUCCUAAUGUCACACUUCUAAAUUAUAUUAGUCUGUCUUUCCAGGGUUCUACUCUCAAUAACACAUUGUAAGAUCCCAGCAUGUAUUUAAGGGUCUUCUAAGGUUAUAACAUCCGUGUCAUCCAGCGCAUCAGUCUUCAGAACAUCUACAGUACCCACAAAAACAUAUUUUCUGAGAACCCACUCUAUGGUCCAUAUUUUAAUGGCAGAAGUUUCUCUGAGGAAGAUACAUAAUAGUGUACACUUGCCUGGAUUGUUUCCACCUCAGAUUAGAAAUGAAUAACUCCUUCUGUUAAACAAGAAGGAAUAAGUAAUGACCAUUAUUUGUAAAUAAAUGACUGAAAUAU